AUGCACACGCUCGGAGCUUUGCGCCUGGCCUGCUACCAACUUCUGCUUCUUGGAGUAUUUGGAAAGCAAAGCAAUCAUGGCACGAGGAAUAUGUCGUUCAGAACGGAGCGAAGCCACCGGCAUCAUUUACCCACGUACAUGAUGCACCUCUACCGGCAUUUCAAGCUGAACCAAACGCGUCCCGUGGAGAAUACGGAGCACGAGCAAGCGGAUACCAUCAAGAGCAUCCUGUCCAAGAGUUUGACCAAUGAAGACAGACACUACAUCACACAUUUCGAUCUCUCCUCUGUUGUGUCCGAACGUCAGAUCCAGGCGGCGGAGCUGAGGAUUCGUAUUCCCAAAGAAACGCAGCAAACGAACAUCACGGUGGAGAUCCGACACCAGCAGGACGUCCCGUGCCACCAACACAGCGUCUGUCUGGAGAACCAGUCUCUGGGCCGGCUGUCCGAAUCCUCUCUGAUGAGCGUCUCCCAUCACUGGAGGGUCUACAACGUCACGGAUCUUCUCCUAAACUGGAUCGGCCCCAAACUUUCCGAGAGGAUCCGCCUGAAGACCAAGAGAUCCGUGAGACACGCUCUCCAAACCGGGAAUAAAUCUACGGACGGGAUCCGUCACAGAGCCAUGCUGCUGAUCUUCUCGCACACCGUCUCUGAACAGGGCGAGCAGGACAGAGCCAGUCUCCUGCACACGGCAGAGAAAUCCAAGUUCUUAUUCAACACCGAAGGAAAGGAGGUGCGGAGAGACAAGCCGCACAAGAGCAAGCGGGGUCGCAGAGGUCAGCCCGUGAGGAACCCGGAGCCGCUCAGUGGCCCCGUGGAGAAAGGCUCCAUGUGCAGGAGGGUCGACAUGCACGUGGACUUUAACCAGAUCGGAUGGGGAUCCUGGAUCGUCUUCCCUAAGAAGUACAACGCGUAUCGCUGUGAGGGGAGCUGCCCGAACCCUCUCGGUGAAGAUCUACAUCCCACUAACCACGCUUACAUGCAGAGUUUGCUGAAGUAUUACCAUCCCAGCAGAGUUCCUGCGGCCUGCUGCGCGCCGACGAAGAUGAGUCCUCUCAGCAUGCUGUACUACGAGAACGGAGAGCUGAUCCUCAGACAUCACGAAGACAUGGUGGUGGAGGAGUGCGGCUGCCUGUGACGAGCUUCAUCAGCCUCCUAACGAACAAUCGCAAUCAGCAGAAGCAGCACGCUGAAGAGCUUCACACAUUAUCAUUAUCCAGGACAUCUAACGACUUCAGAAAGAGAUGGAGACGCAAGACUUACCUGUUUAGGUUUUAGAGCUCCCGCUCAGACUGUGUGAUCGUCCAGGGGAAAGAUGAAAAAUAGGAACUGAAGAAAAAACGUCUUUUCCGUUUGUCAUCUGGAAAAUCUAGAAAAUGAUAAUCAGUCGUAGUAACUGUUAAACAGAUUCUAAAGAUUUCAA